AUGGCCGAUAAGAAGGAAGAAAACCAAGAGAUUGAUUACUCUCUCAACAACCCUGAUACUCUCACCAAGUACAAGAAUGCUGCUACAAUCUCCCAAAAGGUUUUGAAGGAUGUUACUGCCCUGUGUGUGGCUGGCGAGAAAAUUGUGACUAUUUGUGAGAAGGGUGACAAGCUCCUCGAGGAAGAGAUCGCAAAGGUCUACCGUGGAAAGAAGAUGGUCAAGGGUAUUGCACACCCAACCACGGUUUCUCCUUCAGCUUUCGUAACACCUUAUACCCCUCUUACCUCGGACGAAGCGGAAGCAAACGUUGUUCUCAAAGAAGGCGAAGCUAUCAAGAUUCAGCUCGGUGCACAAAUCGAUGGAUUCGGAACAAUUGUCUGUGAUACCAUUAUCAUUCCUUCUGCCGAGAAUGCAAAUGGAGAGAUCAGCGGAAGAGAUGCAGACCUGUUGUUGGCGACACACUAUGCAAACGAGCUCCUGUUACGUUUAAUGGUUCCCCCUGGAUUGGUCCCAGUUGGCACAGAGGAGGAGCAAAAGAAGGCAGCAGCUAUUAAAGCUCCUACUCAAGCUAAGAUUACCAGCUUACUCGAGAAAUUGGUCAAGAGUUACGACUGUAACUUGGUCGAGCACACCACCUCUUGGCAAUUCGAGCGCAACGAAAUCGAAGGAAAGAAGAAGAUCAUUCUUGCUCCAGGAGAUGGUACAAGAGGUGAUGGUACUCCAGAAGUUGGCGAGGUUUGGGGUGUCGAGAUGGGUGUUUCUCUUGGCUCUGGAAAGAUUAAGAACUUCGAGAACAGAACCACGCUUCACCGUCGUACCAACCUUACAUACGCCUUGAAGCGACCAAGUUCCAGAGCGGUUAUGAAUGAGGUUGUGAAGAAGUUCGGUACCUUCCCAUUCAGUUUGAGACAAUUGGAAUCCGAGCGGGAUGCUAAGGUCGGUGUUGUCGAGUGUGUACGUGGAAAUGUUUUCAGACAAUACGAAGUUGUUGGAGACAAGGACAACGAGGCAGUUGGCAGAUUAUUGACCACCAUUGCAAUUACCAAAAACGGUCUACAAAAGAUUGCCUCGCCACCCGAGCCAGAUCUUAGCAACUUCAAGACUGAGAAGAAGAUCACCGACGAAGAGAUCCUCAAGAUUUUGGAGCAACCUUUGGCUAAGGAUAAGAAGAAGAAGGCUGCUAAGAAGCCUGCUGCAGCAGAGUAA